CACAGACAGCUUAGCAAGGAACGAAAAGAAGCGAUAUGCCGUCUUCCAGAGCCCCACACUGUAAGAGAGAUGCAAGCUUUUCUGGGAAUGGUAAGCUGGUGCCGUUUAUGGAUAGCAAAUUAUGGACUGCUGGUAAAACCUCUAUAUGGAGUAUUGAAGGCAGCCGAAAARGGAAUAAUUAUUUGGACUGAGGACAGUAGAGCUGCAUUUAAACAGUUGAAACACUCCCUAAUGUCAGCUCCUGCAUUGGGACUGCCCAAUCUAACCAAACCUUUUGAACUGUUCACAUAUGAGCGACUGAAUGUUGCUCUAGGGGUACUAGCACAGCAUGUUGGAGAUCAACGAAGAGCUGUGGCCUACUUCUCAAAACAACUGGACAGUGUUAGCCAAGGGUGGCCUGGUUGUUUAAAAGCUGUGGCAGCAACUGUCAUCCUAAUACAGGAGGCCCGCAAACUCACCCUUGGGCAGCACAUCGUUGUGUAUGUACCCCACGCAGUGAUAUCUGUACUAGAACAAAAGGGGGGACACUGGCUAUCCCCUAGCAGAAUGCUUAACUACCAAUCUGUGUUGUUGGAACAGGAYGAUGUUACCCUGAAAACAACUUCUGUUGUUAACCCUGCCAUGUUUCURUCCUCUACCUUAAUUGACAAUGUGCCUGAGCAYGACUGUUUGCAGACAAUCGAAGAAGUUUAUUCCAGCAGGCCGGACCUGAGAGACAUGCCCCUAGAGAAUCCAGAUUGGGAACUAUUCACAGAUGGCAGCAGCUUCAUGAAGAAGGGUAAGAGGAUGACAGGUUACGCAGUAACCACCAUAGAUGAAGUGAUUGAGGCAAAAGCCUUGCCAGCAGAUGUGUCAUCACAGAAGGCUGAACUAAUUGCACUCACGAGGGCCCUAGACCUGAGCGAAGGRAAAAAGGUAAAUAUAUGGACUGAUUCUAAAUAUGCAUUUGGCAUUGUUCAUGCCCAUGGAGCUAUCUGGAAAGAAAGGGGACUGUUGAACGCUCAAGGUAAUGAAAUCAAACAUGCUGAGCAGAUCCUUACCCUCUUGGAGAGCAUCAGGAAACCUACAGAGGUAGCUGUCAUGCACUGUAGGGGUCACCAAAAGGGGAAAACCACUCCAGAAUUAGGAAAUCGAUUUGCUGACAAAACAGCUAGAGAGAUAGCAGAAAAGGGGGUUUUUGCAGUGAUACCACAGAAAGAGGUUGAUCUGUCAGAGUUCACCCCAAAGUAUGAUCAGGCAGACCACAAAUUAAUUAAGUUCCUUAAGGCUGAGAUUASAGAAAAUGGAUGGGCGGUCACGCCAGUAAACCAGGUCGUAGUCCCACCCCUGAUCCUCCGGGAGAUAGCUCAGAGAGAACAUGAGAGCACACAUUUUGGAGUAGAGAAUCUUUUGAAACAUCUGAAAAAGGUAGUGAUAGGGAAGAGAAUGGCUGAUAUUGUACAAUCAGUAGUAAGCAAAUGUGAAAUCUGCUGUAGAAACAAUCCUGAUACAAGGAAGAGAGUUGUGUUAGGAGUAACAAAAAGAGGGGAUCUUCCUGGGGAUUACUGGCAAGUAGAUUUUGCUGAGUUACCRCGCAAAGAGGGAUACAAGUACAUACUGGUAUUGGUUGACACCUUUAGUGGCUGGCCUGAAGCUUACCCCUGUCGCUCCAAUACAGCAAGAGAGGUGGUAAAAGUUCUGCUUAACCAUAUUAUUCCAAGGUUUGGGGUUCCUUUGGGCAUAUCAUCAGAUAGGGGACCCCAUUUUGUUGCAACAGUGAUUGGGGAAGUCAGCAAGAUACUGGGAAUUAAUUGGGACCUGCAUACACCAUAUAGACCCCAAGCAAGUGGCAAGGUUGAGCGUAUGAACGGAACUCUUAAGACCCAAAUUAGCAAAAUCUGUCAAGAGACAUCCAUGACAUGGGUUCAGGCCUUGCCUAUAGCAUUACUGAGGAUCCGUAUACAGCCCAGGCGGAGGGAUAACAUCAGCCCCUAUGAAAUAUUGUAYGGCAGGCCAUAUCAAAUUCCACAUGUCCCGGGAGAAAUUCAUAUGAGGGGAAAACUUGAUUUGCAGAAAUAUCUAAUGGCUUUAAGUUCCACUUUGCAGAAGCUUCAGAAUUACAUYGUGUUAUCCAGACCCAUAGGACUGGACACACCUGCACAUCCCUUCCARCCUGGAGACUGGGUCUAUGUUAAGUGGUGGGACAGUGAUCCUUUACAGGCCAAGUGGAAAGGACCAUUCCAAGUCCUGCUGACAACCUUUACUGCAGUCAAAGUCGCUGGCAAAGGACCUUGGAUUCACUACUCCCGAGUUAAGAAGGCUUCUUCUCCUGAAACAACUGGAAAAACAGAGACUGAUGCAAAUGGGGAUGAUAUGGUUUAAAACAAGGGUUUCUAUACUUGUUAUCUACACCGUUGGUAACCAUGGUACAGGAGUGGAACCAAAA